AUGAAUUCUAAAGUUACUAAUAUAUUAGAAGACAAGGAAAACCCGAAUUUAAAAGACAAGCCACGAGCAUCUUUUGGUAAUUCUCGUUCAUUUGGAACUGAUAUUACAAGAGUGGCUCUACAUCCCAUAGAUCCUGAUAAAGAGGAUGAAAUUGAUCCACAGCGACUUGGGGACUAUGCAAAAGAAAUAUAAUAUUAUACACAAAACUGUCAAUAAUCAGUAUAUAUAUUAUAAUGACUAAAUCAGCCCUACUCAGCAUAUUUUCUUACCUUUUUACUAUUGAAGACCAAUAUCUCCCUCAAUAUGGCUACAUGAAAUCUCAAGCUGACAUCAAUGAAAAGAUGAGAGGAGUCCUCAUUGAUUGGCUUGUUGGGGUCCAUCUCAAAUUCAAGCUGCUCCCAGAAACCUUGUUUUUAUGUGUCAAUGUCCUUGAUAGGUACCUUGAAAAAGUUUCUGUACUCCGAGGCAAGCUUCAGCUUGUAGGGGUCACUGCAAUGCUAAUUGCCAGCAAAUAUGAAGAAAUUUACCCACCAGAAGUAAAAGAUUUUUCGUGGAUUACUGAUAAUGCGUACACUAAAGAAGAAAUUCUGGUGAUGGAAAGAGAAAUUUUAAGGAGUUUGAAUUUCAAUGUGACCGUUGUAAGCUCUUUGAAAUUUUUAGAUAGGUUUGCGAGGGUUUCUGAGAUGAGCCAAAGGUGUUAUCAUAUGGCGAGAUAUAUAAUGGAGCUUGCAAUAGUUGAAUAUAAAAUGAUUAUAGUGGAAAUAAAAAAUUAGAGGGGUUAAAAGUAAAUUAAAAAAUAAAUUUUGGAUAGGAAAAGAGGGAUUAUAAAAAUAAUAAUUGGAAAUUUUAGGGGAAAAAGAAUAGGUAUAAGCCUUCAAUUGUUGCGGGAUCUGCUGUGUAUCUUGCAAAUAAAAUUAUGAAUAAUGAUUGCAUUUGACCACAAGCGCUUAUAAAAAAUUCGCCGUAUAGGGGAAAUGAGCUGAAGCCAUGCGCAAGAGAAUUAUGUGUGCUAGUACAAGGAGCUGAGAGAUGCUCACUGCAAGCUGUGAGGAGGAAAUUUUCAGCUCAAAAUUACUCAGAAGUAUCAAAAAUUGAUAUUGUUAUGGCAAGGCAAGAAAAUAAAGAAUAG